AUGGAAACUACUGCUGCUAUGGAUCAAAACCCCAGAGCAGUUGUUCCGAGGAGAAAGAGGAAGAACUUCUGGCGAGAGAGGAACGUGGGUCCUAGGUUGAGGUCGUCACAGCCGAGAUUGGCUGAGAAUCAAGCUUCAAACUUUGCAUCAGCUAGUAACUGGGGUGGUACUGAAGUUCCUUCUUCUUCAAGACCUGGCAGGAAAAACAGAAGCCGAAGAAGGAAGGUGGGAAGACUGAGGCCCAGUCUUGGCCAUGGUGUUCAAGCUUCUAGCUUUGCCAAUGGCAAGGGUUCUGUGAUUCCUUUUCCUGGAAGUCCUGAUGAGCAAAAAGGGUCUGAGGUUACUACUCUUAUGAUUAAGAAUAUCCCUUGUAAGCUUAGAAGAAGCGAUUUGCUGCUCAAGUUGAAAGAGCAUUGCCAAGAGGAGAACAAAAAGGCUGAUUCUUUGCAAAAAUCGGAGAUCAAUUUCUUCUAUUUACCACUGGAUUUCAAAAAAUUUUGGGAAAAGAAAACUAUUGCAAAUCUUGGGUAUGCGUUUGUGAACUUCACCACUGCUGUUGGAGCCCUGAGGUUCUAUGCGAGAUACGACAAGUCUAUGUGGAAGGAGGUCACUCAGAGCACCAAAGUCUGCGAGAUAACUUGCGCCAAGAUCCAGGGUUUCGACGCAUUGAGGAAAACGUUUAGUGGCAGGAGAUACCAUGGUCUCACAAAUGAGUUUUUGCCUGUGAUCUUGGCUCCUGCUUGUGAUGGAGUGAGGGAGUCCAACCACAUAACUGUAGGACGACUUCUGGAUGCACCAGAGAUUGAAGACUGA